CAUCAAACGGCCUUCAUCCUGGGAUGCCCGCUGGAGUGCGCGGAGUAAAACCAACUUUGUACAGCUUGAGCCGAGCGCAUGCUCCCGCCGCAGAGCGCCUCAGAUCAUGGCCGAGGUACCGCUGCCUCCGCCGCGUGUAGUCGACAUCGACCCGGACUUCGAGCCGCUCUCCCGCCCGCGGUCGUGCACCUGGCCGCUGCCCCGGCCGGAGUUCGGCGCGCCGGUCAGCUCUGGCACCUCCUCCCCGUCGCCUUCCCUCGAGCGGGAGCCGGUGAACGCCGAGUUCGUCGGCAGCCUGGGUUUGCUGGAGGAGACCGAGGACUCCGCAGAGCUCAGACCGCUGGCGAGCUGCGCCGACAUCCAGUGCCGGCGGGGCUGCGCUGCCCGGCGGACGCGGCCGUGCGGUCAGCAGCAACAGGUACCGCCGCGCUGCUCCCCGCCCUGCGCGACCUCGGCGGCGGCGGCGGCGGCGGCGGCCGUGGGCCACCGGAAGAGCAGCUCGUCGCGGCGGAACGCGUGGGGGAACAUGUCCUACGCAGACCUCAUCGCCCAGGCGAUAGACGGCUCACCUGAGAAGCGGCUCACCUUGGCUCAGAUCUACGAGUGGAUGGUGAAGAGCGUGCCCUACUUCAAGGACAAAGGAGACAGCAACAGCUCCGCGGGCUGGAAGAAUUCCAUCAGACACAACUUGUCCCUGCACAGCCGUUUUAUGCGCAUGCAGAAUGAGGGGACGGGGAAAAGCUCCUGGUGGAUGCUGAACCCAGAGGGUGGAAAGAACGGCAAGUCCCCUCGACGCAGAGCUGCCUCCAUGGACAAUACCAGCAAGUUUGCCAAGAGCCGAGGAAGGGUGACAAAGAAAAAACUGGCCCUUCAGGAAGGGGUGGACGGAGCAGCAGACAGCCUGGGUUCCCAGUACUCUAAGUGGCUGGGAAGCUCCAAUUCCCACAGUAACGAUGACUUUGAAGCAUGGAGCACCUUUAGGACACGAGCCAGCUCUGAUGCCAGCACCCUCAGUGGUCACCAUUCCCCUUUCUUGCCUGAGCAGGAUGACAUGGCGGAAGCUGAUGUCCACAUGGUGUACCCCGGAGGGGCAGGAACCAAGAUAACACCCACUCUACCAAGCCUUUCAGAGCUGGCGGGAUGCAUUGGCCAACAUGGCUCAGAGAGAGCAAUGGAGGGUCUGUUGGAUAACCUGAAUUUGCUGCCUCCGAAGAAUGCCCAGCUGGCGUCAGACUCUGCCCACUCUUCAACCUCUGCUUUGCUUCAAAAUAGUCUCUACACUCCGACCAGCAUGGCCUCCCAGCAGCAGCAGGACCUCCAUAAGUGUUUGUAUGGCCAGCUGGGGAUGAAUUCCCCGUCCUCCAUCCCAAUGCAGACUAUUUCAGAUUGCAAGCCAGGCUUCAGAUCUUGUCAGAAUCCAUAUAACUAUCCUGCAGGACUCCUCAAGGAGCUGCUUACCUCAGAUACAGACCCCAGUAGGAACAUGACACCCUCCAUGGAGUCAGUGGUGUCUCAAGCUGGGAAGGGAGGUUGCCUACUUUCCAUUUACAGUAACCUAGGCCAGCUCGGGGUACAGGAAAGAAUGAAAAAGUCAAAUCCUCAAAGUCCACAUGUACAUUCACACCCCAUACAUAGCCAGGGCCCCUCCGCCUCAUUGGACAUGAAUAGCUGUAACAUGAUCUCCCUGGCUAGCCAUAAUUCUGCAGGGAGUCCAUCUCCAAUGAUUCGUCUGAGGACAUGCAUGCAGCCACAUCAUGGCCACUUAGCACAUGCUGGUAAUGUUCCAGCAAGCUAUGGUGGCACCAGCGGGCACAGGGAACACAGCCAAGCCUACUUCUGUGGUCCCCACCAGGAGAGACUGCCCAGUGACCUGGACAACAUGUCCAUUGAGAGCUUUGACUGUGAUUUGGAGACUGUCCUCCAUGACACCCUUAUGGACGGAGAUGCGCUGGACUUCAAUUUUGAGCCCAUAACUGGCCCUCAGGGAUUUCCACAGAGGGUGAAGCCUACAACACACAGCUGGGUGUCUGGAUAGGCAACAUAGCUGAGUCACACAGCAACACCCAGAUAGAUGAUGCACUGAAAACACAUCUAGUACUUAAAUCCAGAAAACAUCUCAAACAAACUGUCUGCAACAUGUUUGUUAUAUCAAAAUGUCAACAGCCCAUUUUUAAGCUGCAUUUUAACCUGAAUGCAAAGCGAAAUUUUGCUUCACUUUCCCCGUGCGGGUUUGGUCACUUGACUGGAAAACGAACAAGCAAAUUUCAUGCCACGUCACAGUAAGCAUUUUUGAUUACACCAACGUUGCUAGCAAGUUUGCAAGACACAAGAAGACAGCUUAUGUUUCACGUUUUUCUUUGAACAAAUCACUCACCAGGCUCUCCAACGGUCUCUCUGACCUUCCGCCACGCCCUCUCCUGUCUCAGUUUGUCCCGGUAGGCUGUUAAUGUAGUAUCGUACAAUUCGGGCAAAGCGCACACCACCACAAUCAGCUUGCCCUCCAUCUUAGCGGGAGAGAUUUCUGUAAAGAGGGCGUGGCUUCUAGCCCUACUUGAAGGUGAUUGGCUUUCACUAGGCGACAUCUUUUGCUCGAGUUCAACAUUUAGUCAACGCUCAUUUUACCCAUUUCGCGUCAGCCGCAGUUUCGCUGCAAUUGAUGCGUCCGCGUUGCUCGUAAAUUUCGCUUCGCGUUCGAUUAAAACGCACCUCUACAGGUUUACCUCAGCAAACAUGCCAUUAUAAUCACCUUCUCGGAGGCAGAAAGGCAGUGAGGCUGAUAUUUCAUUUGUUUCCUAUUAGAAGAUAAUGAUAUUGUAAACUACUAAUAAGACACGUUAGUCCCUAGCUAACGGGUCUGACCCUUUAGCCGAGUGGUUAGUGACGUCGCCUUGUGGUGCAGUACACCCCGUAUGGAAUCCCGCACUGGGCAAGAAAAUAACCGGUUACAUUGGUGGCAGCGGUGGGAUCCGGAAGUGUGCAGAUCCUCAGAAGUCUCUUCGGAGCGCGGGAAGAACAAGCGCGAGGGCGCGCUUCCGGGGAGGGUGACGACUGUAAACUACUAAUAAGACACGUUAGUCCCUAGCUAACGGGUCUGACCCUUUAGCCGAGCGGUUAGUGAUGUCGCCUUGUGGUGCAGAACACCCCGUUUCGAAUCCCGCACCGGGCGAGAAAAUAACCAGUUAUAAUAUAAUAGUUUCCUUUAACAAAAUGGUGCUGCACUGAAGCUUGCCUGAUCUCCGUUUACAGUUGCCAGGCCAGAACUGGAAAUGUGUCGACUUUAAUCCAGUGAAUGUGGCUCUGUGCUUGUCGUUCAUGGCUGAAUCAUGGAAAAUGACUGUUCUCCUAUAUCAUACUGUAGCUGCAUUAUAGCUGUUUUCUGAGACUAUGUGACAGAUGUGUUUGAAUAUAUUCAAUUAUUAAGACUAAAAAAGGGCUGAAACUUUCCCUGAAAGACAACAAAAUUGAAGCAAACAAACUAAUUUC